UGUUCCUUUGAUGACGUUAUAAAAUAAGCAUGCGCGCGCACACAAAAUUCCAAGAAACAGAAACAAACAGUGCGACACAAUCAACUUUCAUCUCGGGAGUUUACAGCUCGCUUUCUGGAGUUCGCUUGCUUCGUUACCUUGAAAAGCUUGUCAAGAUGGCUACACGUAAGAUGUUGAUGCUUUUGGCCCUCACCAUGCUCAUCGCUUCAUCGAGUGCUGGACCCCUGGCUUAUGGUAUCUGUCAGACAGGCUGCAAUGCAGUGUGGGUUACCUGUGUUGCGGCAGCCGGAGGCGUGGCAGGCGUCAGUACGGGAGGGGCUGGAGUACCCGCCGCCAUCGCAGCAUGCAGUGCGGCCCAAGGAGUGUGUAUGGCUGCCUGUGUUGCCGCUGGUUUGUCGCCAACUGUGUAGAUGAGCACCACUAAAACAGAUUUCAACAAAUCUAGACUAGACAGACGCUCAAAGCAUUUGUAAAUGUGUUAGUGAAAUGAUUGUAAGUAGAACUUAAUGCUGGUGAUCGCUUUGUAAAAGUAUGAUUGCAAAUGGAAGUACAAACAGUAAACGUUUAAGUGGAAUCACA